AUGGAGCUGCAGCUCCAAGUCCGCGUACACAGCGGGGACGGGGAGAAGGGAAGAGGGGGCGUCCCAGAUCCUGGACUUCCCUGCACCAAAUCCUGUGCACCCCCACUCCCACGCACCUCGCCCGGCCAAAGUUGGCGGGUCCCAGGCUCGCCCUCCACCCUCGAGGCCCGCACAGAGCCGCUCGGGGCAGGCCCGGCCGAGGCGAUCGUCUGUCCUCCCUGGCUGCCGGCGGGGUCCCGGCUCGCGCGGCGCGGUCCGGGCUCGCCUUACCUGGCCCGCCAUCCCAGACUCAGUCUCCGCUCCCGACUUCCGGCACGGCGCAGCGAGCACUCGCUCGGUCAGCGAUCCAGGUCGGCGCAGGAGGAAAUCCGGCUCCUGGGCGCAGGCCGCAGGGGAGGGGGCAGGGCGGGUGGGCGUCCGGAGCAGCCCAGAGCACCGCAGCCCAGGAGAGGGGGACCAGCCCCCGCGGCCCUCCGGGCGCAGGCGCGAACUACAUUUCCCAGAAGGCGCCGCCGAGCCGGCCGGGAAGGUGGGGGCCGAGGGGAGGGCGGGGCGAGCCUGGCGGCGCCCCCUCCCCACUGGUUCAGCCUAGACUCGGUGAAGCUUGCCAGGGGAGGGGCUUGGCGCCGGGAUCCGCCUUGUGGCCAGCUCGCUGUAUGCUUGCCGGACUAA